AUGAGUCAAACAGAGAACAGGAAGGAGCGUGCUUUGGUGGAGCAGUGCAGCCAGGAUCCCGUGUUUGGACCUUUUUAUGAGGUCACUUCCUCCCUGCUACAACCUGCAGCUCUGAGCCCAAACGGACUUCCUGCCUCCCGGGCAGAACCGGUUCUGGAGCAGACCUCCUCUAAGCGUCACACCUGCCUAGACUCCCCUGCAGGUUAUCCCAGUUCUGGUGAAAGCGGUCCCAGCUGUGCUCCCCGGGUCCAGGUCCGGGGGUGGUCCUCAGAACCGACCGCUUCCUGUUCGCACAGCAGAGGCCUUGUUCCGGACCCGGUGGCCUCUCCUGUUUCAGGAAGGUCUCUGGGGACGGGCUCUCGGGUUUCCUGCAGUAAGCGGCGGGUGGUUCUGGUCAGGCAGUCCUUCGCUGCCGACUCCUCGCCUGCGGAGCUCGGAAUGAACUUCCAGGAAAUGACCUCCCAGAGUUUCUGUGAGCCUCCUGGAUGGACGGACGGGUCGGACAGAACUCUGAGUCCGGCCUACCUGAGCCUAGGAUCAGAUGAAGGCAGCGCCACCGAGGUUUACUACAGCGCUCCAGAGGAGGAGGAGGAGGAGGAGGAGGGAGCGCAGCAGCCUGGGGGGGGGCUGACUGCUGGGACACUGAGGGGGGGGGCUGACACUGCUGAAGGAGGGGGGUCAGAAGGUCAGCUGCUGCUUCAGGGAAGCUCUGGGUUCAUCCUGGGAUCGACUCCUCAGAUUGAGGUGAGAGAAGAAAGCGGCUGUGUUCAGGAGGGGGGGCGCAGUGGGGAGGGGGGGAGGGAGGAGCUACCUGUCCCACCGGUUCUACAGGUAAACGAGCCGAAGGAAUGUGACUCGGAGCCGCCCUCCUCCGAUCCAGAGGAGGGAAACCGGGCCGCAGACCUGGAAACUGGAGCUCUCUGGAGGGGGGUGCAGAGCCUGCAGGGGAACCUUCUAGAUCCUGACGUCAGGAGAACCCAGGAACCUGAGGAGCAGCUCCCAGUCCAGGCAGGAGAGGAAGAGGAGCGCGCCUUCCUCGUCUCUGCAGCAGCAGGACGGAUACCUGACGCUGCUGCUGAGGGGGCGGGGACCAUGACUCAGAGCCGCCACUCAAACGCUGCAACGCAGCAGCAGGAGUCAGACGAGCCGUCGGCAGCCCGACCGCACGGACCUCCUGCCCUGGAUCCAGGUCACCGCCGCCUCAGCUUCCAGCCUCCAGCAGCAGAACCAGAACCGGACCACAUGAUGAGUUCGGGCCUCAGCAGCCUGAGCACCAAGCUGACCCUGAAGAACCCGUCUGCUCCCAGAGAGGAGGAACCCAAACCCCGCUUCCACAAAGUUUCUCUGGUGACCACAGAAACCACCUGCAGGUCCAGUUCUCCUGAUCCAGAACCCGAGUACCGAUGGAAGAACCGUUUUCAGGGAGUAACGCCGUUCAGGUCCAGCAGGACCUCCCUCCCUGACUCCUCCUCUCCUCUGCCUGAAGAUGAGCCAGACUCUCAUCUCAGCCCCUCCUCCUCUGUGUAUCUGAGCCCGUUGGGAGCAGAGGAAAGUGGGCGGGGCCUGCUAGAGGAGGAGGAGGGGCCAGGUGCAGGUGGAGGGGAGGAACGGCUGAAAGGAGAGACAGAGUGGAGAAUGUCUGAGCAGGAGCUGCAGCAGCUCCCUGCGUCCUCCUGCAGCCCAGAAGACGAAGACAGCAGCUUCAGCGGAGUCUUCACCGCCACCCUGGUGGACCUGGUCUCUGAUUCUGCACCCCCCCUCACCCCCCCAUCCUCCCCCGACGUGGACUCCCCCUUAAACGACAUGGACAGCCUGGUGGACACCCUGAAGAGCAUGGGACCCUCUCAGAGGCCCAGGGGCCCCGGCCUACGAGCUGCUCCUCCCGUCCUGGUGUCCUCCCUGCCCCCCAUCAAGGAGGAUGCUGUGAGCCCCCACCUCCCCGACCCGACCCCCUCCCCACUGAGGACAGAGGAGCCCCAGAACCCUCAGUACACGCUGCCAGCUGAGCUGGGCCUGAAGAGGAACGUGGCCAGAGACAGCCGGCCGCCGCUGGAGCUGAUGAAGAAGAACCAGGAGCAGAACUCCUCGCUGCCCAACGGAAGCGGAGCUCCCCCGUCUCCCACCACCAGCUCCCGCCUCGACAGCAGCGUCCUCUUCGGAGCGUACCGCUCCACAUCCUCGGACCAGAAGCUGGAAAACGGGAACGUCCAUCGGCCCCUGUUCCGCACCAGUUCCCUGCCGGAGACGGGGUCCCCUGCUGUGAGAAGCAGGGACCCCGGUGACACGGGGCCCAGUGGGAACCCAUCAGGGUCCCGUCUGGAGCGUCUCUCCUUCCUGGUGAACUCGUCGGGUUCCCUGAACGGAGCCGGGGACUCUGGUUCCUCUAGGAUCAGCCGGGGGCCCAGCCUAAACCUCGGCUCCCCCACCACCACCAGCCCCACUCGCCUGCUCAGCCCCACCACCUCCAUCGACCUGCACCGGCCCCUCGCCAUCUCGGAGCCCCUCCCGUUCAGCCAGGGGCCAGGGGUCCUGCAGAGGAGCCUCAGCUACGAGGGGCCGUCACAGACGCCUCCAUUCAACGGCCUACAGGGAGGGGCCCCCUUGGGUAGCAUUCAGGGAGGGCCCCAGUUUAAUGGCGUCCAUAACGGCCCCCGCUUCAACAGCCUGCUGGCGGGGCCCCAAAUCCAGCAAGAUGAACCAGACUGCAGCCUGAUGUCCAAAUACCGCGCCUUCCCAGACGCCUAUCUGACCAAAGAGAAGGAACACGGGAAGCUGAACCCUCGUCCAGGAAAGGUGAGAUUCAUCUAAACGGUCCAGGUGUUCCA